AUUGUUCGCUGUUAUUAGUGUCUUAAACAACAUUGUUACUUUCAUAUAAUCAUUUGUUUUUACGUAAACAACAAAUCAUUGUUAAAAGCAAAUUAAACAAUUUUACUAUAUCAAAAAACUAAACAGAAGCAUUGAACUACUACAUAUUGCUGUAGUUGCUGUAAUCAGCACUAUCUUGUGGUGAUAUAUUUUAAUCAUGGCCAUUCCUAAUCAGUUAAAAAUUGACAAUUGGGGAAACUUUUUCAUGCAAAGGCUGAACAAUUUGGCCAAAAAAGAUGAAUACUGCGAUUAUACAAUCCGUUCAAAAAAUAAUGAAUCAUUUAAAGUUCACCGUGUUGUAUUAAAUACUUGCUCAGAUUAUUUUGUUUCUCAUCCCAACAAAGAUAUGUCUAUCACUAUGCCUGAUCAUCUAGAUUUUAAUGCUGUCAAAAGUGUAGUUAUGUUUAUGUACACAGGACAGCUACUUUAUACUGAAGACUCGCGGUUAGCUUUACUUGAAGUUGCUGAUAUGUUACAAGUUACUGUUUUAUUGAAGCUACUAGAAUCUCAAUCUAGUGUGUUAAAGAAACAACAGUCUGAUUACCAUUCCUCUCCUGCCUCGACUUCAAGAUCACAUUCAGCUAUAGCUCUUAAUCAAUAUCGACCUGCUAAAAAACCUAUAGUCCUAAGUAACAUAAAUGUACGAUCACCUCCUGAACAUACACCAGCAUCUACUUUUAUAAAUACAAUGAAAGUUAAAGAUGUAUUAAGUGAAAAUAAACCCAUGCGUUUUGAUUGUGAUAUUGAUGAUGUUCCUGAAUUUUGUGAAAACACAUUUGAGCUACCAAAAUAUGAUAGUGCUCCUUUAAUUAAACAAGAAAAUACUGAAAAUGCCAAAGCAAUGCUCAAAAGAACAGCUAAUGGUGAUAUAAUUGGAAAAAAAGAGAAUGAAAAACCUCAAGUUGCCAAAUGCGAUACAAAAUUUUUACCAUUAUCUCCCGCUGGAAAAAAAUUAAAAAUUGUGAGUGAAACUGAUCCAGAAAAUUCUAAUAGUAAGGUUGUACAAGAAAUAUUAAAAAAAUUCCCUCAUCUAUUACAGAGUAAGGGUAAUAUCAAACUAAAAAUAAUGUCUAGUACUAACCAAAGUCAGUUUGAAAGCAUUAUUAUCAAUACACCUAAUUCUGUCAAUAAAAUUUUACCAGCUGGAACUAAUGCUAAGGAACCAUUAACUACUCACAAAGUUAAACCAGAUAUAAUGAAUAUUAAAGGACCUUGGUCUUGUAAUUUAUGUGGAACAGAAUCUAACCCAUUAAAAUUAGAUAGUUAUUAUACAUACAGAAGACAUUUAGUAGAAAAACAUAAUGAAAAAGAAGAUACAAGAAUUUGUGAACAUUGCGGACAUUUUUCUGUACGGAAAAGUUUACAAAUUCAUCAUAUGUAUACUAAACACAACAUAACUCCACCAGCAGAGUACAAAUUCCCUAAAUGUGAUCAAUGUGGAUUUAUAGCUACAACUGAUGUACAUUUAAAUAGACAUAAGACAUUAAAUAAAUGUUGUUCUAAACCACAAUCUCCCAAAAAAGAUACUAUAAAUAGUUACACAUGUAGUGAAUGCUCAAGAAAAUUCCGCUCGAGUCUUAUGCUUAAAGGACACUUAAGAAAUUUUCAUAAAUUCUAUGAAUCACCAAAAACAUCUAAAUCUAAAGAAAUAAUUAUUCCUGUUGUUGAUAGUGCUUCUUUACCACCAGGAACUAAAAUUUUAGCUGAAAAUAAAAGUAAUGAUAAAAUUGAGGAAGUUAUGUUAAGUAAUGAUGAGAGUGAUGUCUUGAAAGAAGCAGAUGAAUUAAUUAAAGAUGAAAGUGGUGAAGUUGAAGAAUCAGCAGAAGUUGAAACUAUUACAUUGGAAGAUGCUGCUCAAGAAGUUAAAGAAAAAAUUGUUAAACCAGUUGAUUUGACUGAAGAAUGGGACGAUUUUGAUGAUGACACAGCCAAAAAAACUGAUUCUGAUAAAGAAGAUGAUAAUGCAAAACCAUGUAGAAUAGAUUUAGAUUAAGUUAAAUUUAUUGUAGUGUGAAAUAUAUUUUUCUUUAUUAUUGUCUAUAG